UGUCUUCCAACUCCAGCUUCUCAGAAGUCACCCUGGCAGGUUUAGCCAGUAAAGAAAACUUCAGCAACGUCAGCCUGCGGAGUGUCAACCUGAUGGAACAGAACUCCAACAACAGCGCUGUGCCCUACAAGAGGCUGAUGCUGUUGCAGAUUAAAGGAAGAAGACACGUGCAGACCAGGCUGGUGGAACCUCGAGCUUCGGCGCUCAACAGUGGGGACUGCUUCCUCCUGCUCUCUCCCCACUGCUGCUUCCUGUGGGUAGGAGAGUUUGCAAACGUCAUAGAAAAGGCAAAGGCCUCAGAACUUGCAGCUUUAAUUCAGACAAAGAGGAAGUUUGAUUGUAGAGCUGUUUAUAUCUAAACCAUCGAAGAAGGAAUUAACAUACACACUCAUGCAGCCAAAGACUUCUGGAAGCUUCUGGGUGGCCAGACCAGUUACCAGUCUGCUGGAGACCCAAAAGAAGAUGAACUCUAUGAAGCAGCCAUAAUAGAAACUAAUUGCAUUUACCGUCUCAUAGAUGACAAAUUUGUUCCUGAUAACAACUACUGGGGGGAAAUUCCAAAGUGCUCCCUUCUGCAACCCAAAGAGGUACUGGUGUUUGAUUUUGGUAGUGAAGUUUACGUAUGGCAUGGGAAAGAAGUCACAUUAGCACAACGAAAAAUAGCAUUUCAGCUGGCAAAGCACUUAUGGAAUGGAACCUUUGACUAUGAGAACUGUGACAUCAAUCCCCUGGAUCCUGGAGAAUGCAAUCCGCUUAUCCCCAGAAAAGGACAGGGGCGACCCGACUGGGCUCUAUUUGGGAGACUUACUGAACACAAUGAAACAAUUUUGUUCAAAGAGAAGUUUCUGGAUUGGACAGAACCGAAGAGAGAGAAUGAGAAGAACCCCAGGGAACUUGCCCAGCACAAGGAAGACCCCCCUGAUGUCAAGCCGUACGAUGUGACACGGAUGGUGUCCAUGCCCCAGACGACAGCAGGCACCAUCCUGGACCAGGUGAACGUCGGCCGUGGCUGUGGCCUGGUGGAAGGACAUGACAGGAGGCAGUUUGAGAUCACCAGUGUCUCUGUGGAUGUCUGGCACAUCCUAGAAUUCGACUAUAGCAGGCUCCCCAAACAGAGCAUCGGGCAGUUCCACGAGGGGGAUGCCUAUGUGGUCAAGUGGAAGUUCAUGGUGAGCACAGCAGGUUAGUGAGCACUUAUGGUUUUUUCCAGCUGAAAGAGGUCGGCCCAGCAGCCCUGCAGGAGCCAGCUUCCCCAAUGAGCCCUGUUGUGCUCUCUGCUGGGUGUGUGCAGUGGGGCACUGCAGUCAUGUGCCUUUGAGAGCCACCUAGUAAACCACAGAGAUGAAAAGAAGUAAGGCUGAAUUCCUAACAACCUAGCAUUGCCAAAGCUGCUGGUGUUCACCUGUAGAAAUUGAACUUGCACAUCAAGUCUUCUCGGCUCCCUCUCUCUCUCCCCUGCCCCUGUCCCCAGAGCUUUUCUGGGAAAGAGAUGAUUGGCCUCUAGAUGAUAUUUCCCAUGUGGCUGUGUGUUGCUUCAAUUAAAGUCGUUAAGUACAGCAUGUCUUCGUGAUUUAAAGCUGGAACCAAAUGGGCUGUAACAUUAUAGUAAAUACACGCACGGAAGAUUGAUUUGAAAAGUGAAAGAGUCUGUUUCUCCUGAGACUGAGAGCACGCGUGGUGCUUUGUGGGUCUGGUGUAGUAAAUGCAGAGUCUAAACUCUCCUCGGUUCCUGAUGGUGACAUACCGCAUUGCAAAACACUCGCCUGGAUGCUCUGGAGAAAUCACCCCUUUCCUUGCCGAGGAGGAGCCUUUCCCACAGCGCUCCUCACCCCUUCCCAUUCAGCAUGCAGGUCACAGGUCUGUAAUUUCAACUCAGAAGAGAGUUUUUUCGCCUCUUUACAGCCCCCUUGCUGUGCAGGUGCACCUGCCCCCAGGGCCACAGGAAGCACAGGCAGCUGUUUGCUUCAGAAAACUGCAGGCUCAGAACCACGUGAUUUCUUUCCUGGUUUAUAUAAAAUGCAUCUGUUCAUCAACUGACACCAUUUCCUGAGCACCUACUCUAUGGAAGACACUUUUUGUAGGGACCAAGUAACUAUUUCAGAUCCUGUCUCCAAGACAGUUAUCCAUGAUGUAAAGCAAGUGCAGGAACACCCAGCAGGCGGGUCUCACUGAGCACGGCCAGUGGGGCUGUGUGCUGUGCAGAGCUGGCUGUGGUCCAGAGGUCCCCCUGCCCCCUCAGAGCACGAUGCGGGGGCUUUAUCCUGCCUCCAGCUGAGUGCCUCCUGGGCUCCCUGAGACUUGUUCUGUUGUGAUGCUAAUUUCUCAGAUGAGGAACAGGACCAUAAGAUGGGGAACCUGCCUGAAGCCACACAGCUAGCAGGGAGCACAGCGGGACACUCACACCCAGGCCCGCCUCUUUUCAAACCCAACUGUGCUGUUAACCCGCUCUGCAGGCACGGAGUCAGAGUGGGGCUCCAGCACAGGAUGUGGGGAGCCAUGAGUUUGGUUACAAGGACGGGCCGAAGAGCCCAGUCACCAGACUGUGGAGCAGGUCAGGGUUGAACCAGCGGCAAGGCAGCUUGAAGUUGGGCCACUGAACACAUCAAACUUCAGGAGCUUCUUAAACAGCAGGAAUGGGCUCUUCCAGGGCUCAAGCAGCUCCAGCUUCUCCUUCCAGAGAGUAGUGGGGUGUCAGACAAGGACCCCCAGUGGGAGGGACUCCCUUCCCUCACAAUCCCCUCCCCUCCCUUUCCC